CAAAAAGUCUGUACACUUCAUCCAAACAGUACUCUAAUCCACCGGAGUAUUUUCGGCCUCAAAAAGUUGGAGUCCUAAUCAUAAACCAACCAUGCUCUGAACUUGAUGAAGGCAGUCUCUAUAGCUCUGGCUUGUAUGAUAAUCAAAGAUUCCGAGAAAGAGAGAAAUGGCAUACUACCUUUGCACUGCACCAGCUUUUUUCUAUCCAGAAUUCCAGCAAUUCUGCAACUCUCUCCAUUGUAGCCACUUUCUGCAACUCCCUGUCCAACAGAAGCCCUCACCUCUAUCCCUCAGGAUCCGCAGAACCACGCCCUUCCAGAUUUCUCAAGUCUCCAUUCAAAACGAUGCCCAGGCAUUGAGGGGUCCCUCGAAAAGCCACGUUUGGAUCAAUCCAGAUAGUCCCAGGGCUUCUAAGCUAAAAGAGGAUUCUUAUGAUUUCAAGCUCUCGUCACUGAUGAGCAUUUCGAACUCCUUGGAUUCCUGCAACGCCGUCGAAGAAGAUGUGAUGGCUAUACUUGCUGCCUUGAGUGACAAAGCAGUACAACAACAUCACGCUGUAUAUAUUCUUAACAAUAUGUCAAACCCUGACACUGCGCUUCUGGCAUUGAAUUACUUCCGGAGAAGGUUUAAAUUGACUAAUCAGGUUAUUUUGUAUAAUGUAACUCUGAAGGUGCUAAGGAAAAACAAAUAUUUGAGUGAAGCGGAGAAACUGUUCGAUGAAAUGCUUGAGAGAGGAGUUAAGCCAGAUAAUGUUACAUUCUCCACUAUUAUUAGCUGCGCUAGGUUCUGCUCCUUGCCGGAAAAGGCUGUGGAGUGGUUUGAAAAGAUGCCAGCUUUUGGGUGUCAACCAGAUGAUAUAACUUACGCAACUAUGAUUGAUUCUUAUGGAAGGUCUGGGAAUCUGGAUAAGGCAUUGAACUUGUAUGACUGUGCAAGAGAAAAGAAAAUGCAUUUUGAUGCCAAGACAUUCUGCUCAUUGAUCAGGGUUUAUAUUGCUUCUGGGAACUACGAUGGGUGCUUGAAUGUGUAUGAAGAAAUGAAGGGACUUGGCAUUAAGCCUGACAUGGCUGUGUAUAACCACUUGUUGCAUGCCAUGGGAAGAGCUAAGAGGCCAUGGAAGGCCAAAGAUAUCUACAUUGAUAUGAUACAAAAUAGAUUUCAGCCAAACUGGGCCACAUAUGCGGCACUGAUUCAAGCAUAUUGUAGGGCUCGUUAUGGCGAGGAUUCUCUUAAUGUGUAUAUGGAAAUGAAGGAAAAAGGUAUGGCAUUGAAUACUGUUCUAUAUAACACACUGCUUGCAAUGUGUGCCGAUUUGGGAUUAAUAGAUGAAGCACUUGAAAUUUAUAAUGACAUGAAGGGUUGUAAAACAUCCAAGCCAGACCGUUGGACAUUUUCAUCUCUGGUCACAGUAUAUUCUUGCAGUGGGAACUUCUUAGAAGCAGAGGCGGUUAUGGAUGAAAUGACAAAAGAAGGAUUGGAGCCAGAUAUUUUUGUCCUAACAUCACUAGUUCGAUGUUAUGGAAACGCUGAUCGUUUUGAUGAUGUUGUAAGGACUUUUAAUCAUCUUUUAGAUUUAGGUUUAACACCAGAUGAACGGUUUUGUGGUUGUCUUCUCAAUGUCUUGAAACAGACACCUAGGAGGAAAAUGCAUAAAUUGACUGCAUGCCUUGAGAAGGCCAUGCCUAAGCUUGGUUACAUUGUGAAACUCCUACUAGAUGGAAAGAAUGCCAAUGGCACUAUUUUUAAGAAGGAAGCCAAUGAACUCUUUCAUUACAUUAGCACUGGUGUGAGAAAGGCUUUCUGCAACUCCUUAAUUGAUAUUUGUGUGAGCCUUAAUCAACUUGAAAAAGCCUGUGAGUUGUUAGACCUGGGAAUAAAAUUUGGAGUCUACAACGACAUACAAUCUAAAGAAUCUACUUGCUGGUAUUUAAAUCUCAAGAGUCUGUCAUGUGGGGCAGCACUAACUGCUCUGCAUGUCUGGAUGAAGGACAUGAACAGAGACAUUAGAAAUGGUGUAGAACUUCCAUCAUUGCUUGGGAUCAAUACGGGGCAUGGAAAACACAAGUACUCUAACAAUGCUUUGGCAGAUGUACUUGAGUCUCAUUUACAGGGACUAAAUGCUCCAUUUCACAGAGAUCCUCAACAGCUUGGCUGGUUUUCUACGACAAAAGUCGCAGCUACAUUGUGGUUGGAAUCUAGAGAGCCUGAGAAAGAUAUCGCUUUUCCAAAUUUAGUUAUUGAUCCAGCAUAAUAUUAGGACAGGAUCGACAAAUUGGCAAUGGCAGCAUUUCAAAAACUUGCAUUCAUGUAGCAUGGGAAUAGAUAGCUAAUGGAAUGCACUUGUAUACUUUGUAGUUUGUGUUUAUCAGGAUAUCUCAGAAAAACUUCAUGUUUGUGGUCUUGUGGAGCCCUCUUAUUCAUCUAUUUCUAUCAGCAGUAGGACAGAAAUAGAUGUAAUUUGAUUGUGAGGUGCUUGUGGCAUGCUAAUUGAUGGGGCAAACCACCACAACCGCGCAAUGUAAUAUGGCUAUUGGCUUGAAAUCAUGUUCAGCCGGCCUCAGUUCAAUUUUCUGACCCACCUGUUUGCUCCCAUGGUAGAGAGAUCAGGCGCCAAAGUGUGUCCUGGACAUGUAUAGUGACAAGAUCCAAACUUAGGACUACAAAUACCCUUCACAUACUCAGGCUCGAACCGGACUGAGCAAAAUGGUGGACCAGGUCCCGGUUAAGAAAAUCUAUCAAUAACUAUGAUGAAGUCAAAUUUAUCAUGGAGUUGUUUUCAUAUAUUUCUGGUUCUAUAUUUGCCAAGUCUGCAAUCACCAGAUAAAUUAUGAUGUUUAGUUAUAAGAGAGAGCACUUGUUUUGGAAUAAAGAUGUUUUAAUUGGAUUAUAAUUUUGAGGGAAUUCCCUAAAUAGGAGUUAAAACUUUUUGAAAUUCCAAAAUAAGAGUAUCAUGUUUUUUAUUCCCUAAAUGGGAGUAAAUUUCUGCCAAGUUUGGCAUUACAAGGCUUUAAACAUGGCAUUUUCCCCAAACUUGGCAGAUUACUCUUAUUCAGGAAAUAAAAAGUAUGAUACUCCUAUUUUUGAAUUUCAAAACAUUUUUACUCCUAUUUAGGGCAAUUUCUGUAUAAUUUUCUAUUCUGGUCUGAUUUGUUCAAGUUUAAUUUGAACAAGCUUGGUAGAUGUUAAUUCUAUUGUAUUUUACAUUUGUUCAAGUCUGG